CAUCCAGGACACGAAGCUGAACGUGAAGGCGGCAACAGAGUCGCGAGCACGCGAGGAACAAGGAAGUCGUAUGAGCAAUUGUCCCGGAGAGGACCGACGGUUUUCAGGGCUAUCAAGUGUGCUCGGCUAAGAUGGAAUUGUGAGGCACUGAGCAAAAUCCAAAGCUCAAAAAUGGACCGGGGAAAAAGAAAAAUGAAGGUGUAAACAGACCACUGAACGCGGAGACUUCUGUCAGCGACUCGCGUUGACGCGUAUUAUGCAUGCAGCCUCCUCUCUGCGUGUAAAAGAAUUGUUCGCCUCGAUGCCUUUUUCUAAUGAAGGACUACAUCCAGUAUGUUCUUUUUCCUACUUCACCCGUUUCUCUCUUCUCAUUUCAGAGCUUUUCCAACAAGUUUGGGGCGCCGAAGCAGGCGUCAGGCGAAACCCAUCGAUUUAUCGACCCAGCGAGCCAAAACGCAUGCACGCGUUGUUCGCAGAACACUCACUCCGCAAGGCGGCACAUACAACGAGGAGCACGCGAGCCUUCCUCUUUUGUCUUUCCAUCUCUCUCCUUUCUUGCUUUUGUUCUGGAGAGAGCGUUGUCUGUGCCGUCUCAUCCUGUGGUGCUCGGAUUGACUGUCUCCCGACAUCUCCGCAGGUCCGCGAGUCGCUGGAAGCAUCGAGACAUUGCUUUCCGCUGAAGACGCAGGAGCAUUUUGUCGCGCACCUCGCCUGGUCCUUCUCUUCUUCCUUCCUUUAUCACCAGGAUGACACGAGAGAAAUCUGGCGGUGACUGUUUUUCGCCUUUCCAGUCUUUUUCGUCUCCUGCCAGCGGACCUCCUGUUUUCUCUCGGAAGGGCACCUCUCCUGCCAACUGCGUCGUCGAGAAGACACGAAAGCCAUUCUCCUCGCUUUCUCCUCUCUACGCUGACUCUUCAUACUCCUCUACUUCACCUCUCUGUACCUCUCCGCCUGAAGCGACUUCCUCUUCUACAUCUGCCCCAGUCUCGUCUCUUUCUUCUGCCUCUAUUGUUUGCUCUUUUUCCCCGCGUUCUUCGCUCUCUUCCUCUUCCCACGGUCCUGCUUCUCCUCACCCUUCGUCCUCCUCUUCUUCCUCAUCGUCCUCGCGUUUCUGUGUUUUCAGUGACACUCUGCGUCGGCUGAAAGAGAUCAGCGAGUCUGCAGCGGCGGUAGGGCAGUCGGCGGCUGCUCUGGUGGAGAGACUUUACGCGUUGGCUCUGGAGCGAGACGCGCUGGAGGAAGCUGAAGAGCAUUCAGUCGAAAGUCCGAAAAGCAAGAACGAAACAGUGGAGGAGGAGACCGAAGCACAUGCGCCAAAGGAGGAGGACGUCCCCCUCUCGUCUGCAGAGCACCUCGUGGUGAGUCGCCUGGAGCCGAUGUUGCUCUCCCUCCAGUCCGUGUUGAACCGGGAGAAGGAACUUGCAUGCAGAGGCCAAGAAGUCGUCGAGGAACUUGAGGCUGCUCUCCGGCUUCACCUCCAGAGCGACGCUUCGUUCUUGGAUACCUGCAGGACGGAGACGACGCAAAGAACCCAAGGCGAAGAUCACGCACAUGAAACACCGAGAGAUACUGGCUCUCCUCCGUCGCCUCUCACACGGCAUGCUUCUUCCUCCUUCUCUCUUGCUUCGUACUCGUCUUCCGCGUCUCCCGCGUCUUCCGCGUCUUCCGCGGCUUCGGAGUCCGUGUCUGCUUCGCCGGUGCCUGUCUUCGACGCGCAGGAGGGAGCGAAGGUCGAGAGUGAGAAGGCGCGCGUGCAGUCGGACCGAGCGCGGAGAGAGAAGGAAGCCGUCUGCUCUUUCCUUGUCCUCUGCCACAGACUUGCUGCCUCUCUCGAGGAAGCUGUCCAGUUUAGACAGAGUGUCAAGGAGGAACUGAGGCACUUCGCAUCUGCAGAAACGUUCCGAGCUGCCAAAAUUGCUUUCGCGGCCGAGCCGUUCGUAUGGGAGCAGCGGGACAUUCUCCUCAAAGCGCGCGACUGUCUAGACGCCUGGACGCUCUUCCGCGCCAGACGCGAGGACGAACCAACGGAAGCUCGGGGCGCUUAACUGGGGCGCCAAUUCCCCAGGCAGAAGAUCCGUGACAGAGAACCCCCGCCAACGUGAGCCGCGCCAGAAAGGCAGUAGGCGGUAGGAAUCAAAAGGGAGGAAACAGGACAAGUGAUCGGAGAAGAAAAACGUGAGAGGAAGGAAACGCGGGAGAAGAAGUACAGUCGAGAUUGGAAGCGGGAGACGGAUAUUGGCCAUCGCUGGACUUGCCAAGGCGCCUUUCUCCGUUUCCCAAGGAAGAAAGGCCAAAUCGGCAUCCUAGGGAACGCGGCCGACUCUUUGAAGACAUACACUCCAUUGUUUGUGUCCGCGGGCGGCGAGAAACGCGUUUCAAGUGUCGAGACACCACUUAGGCCAUUGGAGUAGGUGCUGCGCGGGACGAGGCCAAGCAGUUUGGAGACAUCGUUGGUUUCUAGAGACAUGGAGUUCGCUUGGAUGUAACUUGACGACUGCCCGAGAGCUUGUGUUGUGAGCAUCAAACCAAAGAGAUGGUUACUGGAGCACCGGACCUAAGAGAAGGUUCACGCGCUCUGAAGUGAAGGGAAUUUCUUUUUCUGAGAUUCGCUAACAUCGUGUGAACCGCCCAGGUCGCACAAACUCCUGCAAGUUCAAAGUUUCGAAACGCGCCCCAUGACCCGUUUCGUUCGACAAGAUAGCUUCAAAACGCAUUAGAAACGGUAUAUCAAUAAAUAUGUAUUGAUAUGCAUACAUAUACAUAUGGAUAGGUACUGAACUUUCUAAAUAUAUGCAUUGAUAACUCUCGAGACAUGUAAAUGUAUAUAUCUAUAGGCUAACUUGAGUUAGACAGACUCUUUUUGUUCAGUUUGACCAGCUUCGAGUUUGCUUUAUUCAGAUCACGAGCAGCCUCGACGUUUGCUCAGACCAGCGUCUGGUGCCCAAUUGUCCUUGUCUUUUACCCGAGGCUGCGGGCGGCUCAACUCGACUGCCGGGCACCUUACACCUCGCCAGUGACAGA